AUGGGUAAAGGAACUUGUCGAAAGUCUCUCCGCAAGAUUGACUUAUAUGGGAAAUCAAUAACAUUUACUUACAAAGGAAUAGAUGCAUAUAAGACAGCUCUUGGUGGAUCAGUUUCAUUUAUUAUCAUGGCAUUUAUAACGGUAAUAGUACUGCUGAAAGUAAAUACUAUGAUUAAUAAGGAAAACAACUAAAUUAGAAAAUCGUCAAUAGUAAGAAUUAAUAACGAAAAUUAAGCAGUAGAAAAUUUGGGCGAUGAUGGUAUUUCUCUUGCAUUCAUGGUCUCUGACAACAAAGGAAAUCCCUAUAAAGAUAGCAGUUCAAUUGGAGAAUUCAAACUAUGGUAGUAGACAGUGAUAAUGAGUUAUGAUGAUAAAUUAGGAUCAACAGACAGGUAAUAUUCAAAGUAAGAGAUUCCAUUGAAUAAUUGCAAUUCAAAAAGUUUGACUUUUAAAAAUUUGAAUAAAAAGGAACUAAGCAAGCAUCCAGUAUCAAGCUUUAUUUGUCCUUAAUGGGAUAAUCUCACUCUAUAAGCUGAUUAAAAUGCUCCCUAGUACUAAUACUUAUAUUUGGAAUUCAUAAAAUGCACUAACCCUAAGAAAUGCCCCAACACUGAACUUCUAUAAGAUACUAUAGAUACCUCAUAUAUCCACUUCCUUGUUUUAAGUUCAUAUUUCGACGGCGAUGAUUUUGAAAGGCCUGUCAAACAAUUUAUGGACGAUCUGACUUAUCCAAUAAUGAAUGAUUAAAAUCUACAAGCCAUUAUUAACUACAAAAUAGUAGAGUUAGACUUGAACGAUAAUAUUUCAGGACUCUUCACAAUUUAUACUAAAAAAGAUAAGCUGUACCAACUUUCUUCAUCUACUCAAUUUAGCUAAUCAUUGAAAAAUACUAACAAUGCGAUAUUCACACUUAAAAUAUCUCUAGAUAAAUACGUUGACCAAUAUAAGAGAUAAGUUUACACAAUAGCAGCAGUUUUAUAAGAAGUUGGAGGAUUUAAAACUGCUCUUGUAUUCCUUGGUUUUAUAACAUUCAACUAAAUUCAAACAGCAAAAUUUUAUUUUUCAAUGGCUAGGAAUCUAUUUUAAAUCUAAGAGAAAGGCAUGCUAUUUGCACUUGGAGCAAUAAAGAGAAAAAGACUUGAUGGCACUGAAUUAAAAGAUUUUGUUUACAAAGAACUAGAUCAUGAUAAGAUAGAAAAUCCUGAGAUAUUUGAUCACGUAAUGGAUCAGAUAGAAAAAACCUAUUAGCUAAAGCAUCUCAGAGAGCUUUCUCACUAAAUUUUAGCAUAGAAGGGUAAAGAUAAAUUUACUCAGGAAUUUGAUGUUGUAAAUGUUGUACGUAGACUUAGACUUGUAGAUAAAAUGGUAAAACUGUUGUUUUCAUUGCCGCAGUAAAUCCUUCUAUACAAUUAAAAAAAAGAUGUAAUUCUGCUGCAAGAUUCUGAUGAUGAUGAGCUAAUUGAUCACUCUAUUCCUUAAAAUUCAUAAUAAAGACAAAAACUUAUUGAAAAAUAUAAAGGCAAUUUGUAGACUAAAAAUUAAAUAAAAAUUGAUUUGCUAAGAUUGGAUUCCCGUAGAUAGUAAAUCGAAGAGGCCUUCAAAUUCUACUAGGACAAAAAACUGAUAUCAGAACUGGAUAGAAGGAUAAUAAUGGGUACUGUUAGCAAGAGUUCAAAAUGGGAUUUCACUAAAGAUACUUAUGAAAAAUUAUUCGCUCAAAAUCUAAUUUAAAUAAACUAAAAAGCGUAGAAGGCUUAAAGUUUAAGCUCAAAAAAAUUUGUUUCCGGAGUCAUUCAUGCUGAUAAGAUAAACUCAUAUAAGAGAUAGUCAACUCAUUUUAUAGUUAAUCGCUAUGCCUUUGAAGAAGAACAUGAGGUAGUUUAAAAACAAAAUACUAAGAGAAAGUCAAUCUUCUUGCCUCGAGAAAGCAUUGGAAAAAUUGAUAUUGGACCACCAAUCAACAUUCAAGAUGAGAAACCAAGCUAUCUAACAAGUAGCUUAUCAUCAGAAGAAGAAGAAGUUAAAUCAAACAAAUCUGAUCGUCAUUCACCAAUAAGUACAGCAAGAGAACUUAACUCUGUAUAGAAAAAGCAGUUAAUAAAACAGUUUAGCAAAAAGUCUCAAUCAAUUGAUCAAUAAAAUACUAAGAAAAUUACUCCAAUUCAUGAAAAAGCAUUUAGCAUUGUAGACUCUUUAUCCUACAAAAUAAACUUUAAAACUUCAAAUAAGCCCUCUAAGCAAGCAGAUUCUGAUUAGGGAAAGGAUUACCAGGCAUAAGAUGAUGAAAGCAGUGCAGAUGUAUUUGAGGGAAAUACACCUAGUGAUGAUGAAAAUAUGAAUAACACGAACGAUAACAGACUUCCUCUCACUCAAGCUGAUUAGUAUGAUGAAGAAGCCCCUGUUUAUCAAUCUAAUCAAAACUGA